AUGUGCCUGACGCGUAACGGUGGACAUCUCCUCCUGGAAAUCUUGGAAAACGACCCCUGUGAAGAGGCGGCAAAGCGUAUGUUUGAGAAAAUUAGCAAGAGCAUCCUCGACAAGACACGAAACGAGCGGACAUCGUGGGACGCAGUGAUCAACGGCAGCACAGGAGAAUCCAGCAAACAGCGGAAGUGCAGGAUCGGGUUGGUGGAUGAUUCUCCAGAGGAUAGGGAGCGGAACCUCGAGAUAUACAUGCGUCUCGUGUUCGUCGACGGGAUCCGCCCCGUGAUGGAAGCCAUUGACAAGAUUGAUUCAGAGUUCAUUGACUGGGGGGUGGAGCGUCUCGCAGAAGCGAAAGGCGUGUCUACCUCCUUCGAUCGAGAUGACAUCAAGGGGAUCGACCAUCUUUUCGGCGGCACUCGCGAGCAAGUUGGCGAAGAAGGAGUAGUCUACUCAAGAUCGGGAUGCCUCUUCAAGCAGACAGAUGACGCCGAUAGAGAAUUGUGCAACGCGUGUAAGGUUCAUGACAUCGAGGGGCACGGGGUCGUCAGGUGGUGCAUGGUGAUGGCUCUUGUUGGGAGAACGAUGCUCAAGAAGCACAACAAGGGGAAAGUGAGCUGCAUGUUCGGGCCUCUGCAGGCAAACGGAGCGCAGAUGAGCCCAGUGGGUGUGUUCGGUAAAGUAUUCAAGGAGCUCGGGCGAUCUUUUUUCGGAGUGGGGGAUAUGAGCGUGAAUGCUAUGUGGUCCACCCAAGACACCAUCGCCGUCGAGCAGGGGCUAGAGAUAUAG